AUGCAGGAAGAUGCGCAGCGAGCCAAUCGCGAACUGUCCUUGGUCCCGCCUCUGGCCCCUCUGGGUAAACCUCUUGUCAUAACGGAGGGUCGCGCAACUGAAGCAGGCUUUGGCGAAACACUCGUCCUCGGUAAGACUGGUAUGGCCAUGGCAGGACUAAGGUUCAAUGCUCAACCUCCGCGCUAUGGAGGUGGAGGAGGAAAUCCAGGAAACCAGCUUUACAUUGUUGAUUUGGUUGGUAAGACCUUAAAGAUUUGUUCCGCACCGCUGGAAACAUUCCGCGCAAAAGGUCCUGGCACUGUAAUUUUCGAGACAACAAAAGAUGCGCAGCAGGCCAUUACUUAUGAAUGGUACAGCCGCAUUCCAGAAGUUCGCGAGGACCAUUACGUCGGCCUUUCCGGUCCAGGUAGCUACUGUGGCGGGCUUCGGGGCGGUUUCAGAGGUGGUUUCCACGGUGGCAGCUUGCGCGGUGGGUACCGUGGAGGCUAUCGUGGUGAUGGUGGAGGCGAAGAGCUUGCUGUGGUCUACUGCGAUCGAGAUGUUGUCGAGCUAUUUGAGACGACCGGAAUUGUCGAGCUAGCUGAGAUCCUGUGCUAUAGCUCUCGCUCGAAGGGAGGCGUUGUACAAUUUGCGCAGGUCGUGGAGGCCGUAACAGCCAUUAGUGAGCGCCAUCCUACGCUUCGUAACAAUAUAUCGAAAUUGUAUAAUAACAUUACUCGUUUCAACCAGCCAAGUUCCAUCAAUAUAUGUACAGUGAACGUCCUCUACAUGUGCGCUUUAACGAUUCGUUGGCACUCGUUCACACCUACCACUGCAAGAGGACGAAUUGUCGCGCUUAUGCAGGUUGAGAUUGACGUGUAG